AUGGACGCAUACGAGAGAGACGAUGAUGACGGUGACGGUGAGUGGAUUCUCGUUCGUAGCGGACGCGGCAGACGGCGCGGCACGGGCGGCCGUUCACAGCCGCGUUACGACGGCUCUUAUCCACGCCGCUUUCCCACACAGCGGCGGAGUUAUGCUUCGGUCACCAGAGAUGAUUCUUUUAUUGAUGGCCGCUUCAACACCGGACCUCGUUACGCUCAGCAGCCCAUGGCAAACAGAGCGUCCCGCGUUCCUUCCCGCACGCGGCAACAGUGGAAUAACGGAGAGCAGCGGCGGGAUCGCCAGUUUUACCGCACACCCCCACAGCGUGCGGAGGAGACAUACUGGGAGGAUCGCCGACCACAGCAGGGUCCACCACAAGGCGGCAACCGCCGCCGCGGUCACAGCAGCAGCCACCGCGGCGCCAAAACCAACGGUUGCCACAGCAGUUACGUCAGCCACAGCGCCAAUUUCAGCGGUGGCCACAACAGCGACGACAGCAGCGGGUUGCAUGGCAACGCCCACAGCGACCUCAACAGCGUCCACAGCAACGGCCGCAGCAGCGCCCCCAGCGGGCACAUCAGUUCAGGCAGCUCCAGCUCCAAUUCAGGCAGCUCCGGCUCCAGCUCCGGCAACUCCAGCUCCAGUUCAGGCAGCUUUGGCUCCGACAGCUCCUGCUCCAAUUUUAGCAGCUCCAGUUCUGCUACCAGCCGCAGCUCCGGCUCUUUCAGCACCAGGGAUAGCUCCCAUAACAACUCCAGCUCCAGUUUCAGUUGCCGCUCCUGUUUCAGGACCCUGGACAGCUCCAGUCACAGCUCCAGCUCCCUCUACAGUAGCAACUUUGUUUUCAGGACUAGGGACAGCUCCAGCUGCAGCACCUUCUCUCACCACCUUCAGCACCAUCGUCAGAGCGCAGACUUUGGUCACGACUGGAGCCCACAGCGGUUGGACAUGGGCAAUGACACGCCUCCUCCCAUUCUUACCCCCUUCCGCUUACCUGUUUCACCUCCUCCACAGACGAUGACAGGAGCGUCCCUACGGACUUCUUCUGCCCCAGCAGCAACCUGUGUAGGGUCUCUUCCUGCUCCUGCCCACGUUUUUUCUCCUCCACCGACUUCUGCACCUCUCAUCUCUCCGCCUCUGGCACAGAGGCUCCGGAGAGCGAACACGGGCAGGGCGGCAGUGACAGCAACACCUGCAAACCCCUCCACCCCACAGCCACGUAGGGUUCUCUCUGCUUCUCGGGCAGAGGCCGUGUUUGAUGUGGACACUAUCUCGGUCCUUAUUUCAGAGGAGGAGGAGGACGACACUUUCAGCCUUCAGGCUACACCACCACACCCCCCUCCCCCUCAACGACCAUCCAGUCUCCCUGCGAGACUAUUUCAGCCCACAAGCAGCCCCAGCAACACUAUGACCAGAUUUCUGGCGGCUCGGUCACCGACAACGGGCAUGCGUAGGGUGACGAGACACGUGAGCACCAUGCGCAAGAUGAAGGAAUGGGGAUUGAAUGUGAGGAGGAAGAACCUCAUUAUUGGAGACUCUAACCUUUGCAGGUUUCCAGCUUUCCGGGAGCAGCACCUUCAGAUAGAUUGCUAUCCUGGGGCCAACUUCCGGCAUGCUGGGGCAAUCAUCUCCAAGGCCACCUGCACCACACAACCGGAGAAGAUCAUCCUGGCGUUCGGUCUUAACCACCGCUCACAGAGGCUACCUCCCACCUCGGUGAAGCAACUCCAGGCAGCUCUACGGGCCACGAAGCUGCGCUUUCCAGAUGCCAGGGUCAUGGUACCCAUCAUUAACUUCUCCCCUUCUCUCCCUCAACAGGAGAGGUUUGCAUUACAGGCUCUGAAUCGCUACAUUUUCGAGAACUGCAUUAAACUAGGGAGCCCCUCAAGCUCUUGUUUAUAUGAGGGGUUUAAGAAUGUUUUGGUUUUGUCUAAUUCUGUUCAUUUGUCCACCCCGCAGCUUGCUCUUCUUAACAGAGGCCUGACCUUUGUCCCCACCAUUAAUAUUAAUAGUAAUAUCAGGCAACAGUCUAGAUUCGACCUUCAAAAUUACCAUAGAAGAUUAAAGUUGGCAGCUUUCUAUGGUGAUGAGGGUGAUUCCAGGCCCCCCCCUUUCACUCCCACAUCUGAUUGGGCCCCCCUCGAUGCACAACUACCCCCCCAAGUUGUUAAGUUAAUCAAAAAGGACUCAAAAUAUCUGGACCGUCAUUUCAGGAUCCAGCAUGUGACUCCAAAUUUGACAGGGGAAGAACAAUUAGCACUAAAAGAGUUGAUGAAUAACAAAAAUAUUAUUAUUAAACCUGCCGAUAAAGGCAGUGUAGUUGUAGUUAUGGACCGAGGGCAAUAUUUGUGGGAGGGAUACAGACAAUUAAACGAUAAAAACUAUUACAUUAAAUUACAAAAACCAAUUUAUCUGGACACCAUCCCAUUAGUGACAAAAAUCAUCAAUAAACUUCAUGAAAAGAAGUUUAUUAAUUGGAAACAAAAAAAGUAUUUACUUGGUGAUCCAGAGCCCAGACCUAGACGCUUUUACAUGUUGCCAAAGAUACACAAGGACCCUGUUAAGUGGAGCAAGCCACAUGUGAUUCCCCCAGGUCGCCCUAUUGUUUCUGACUGCAGCAGUGAAACCUACAGAACAGCAGAGUACCUGGACUUUUUUCUGAAUCCACUGUCCACUACGCACCCUAGUUACAUUAAAGAUACAUAUGAUUUUAUAGAUAAAGUAAAAAAUAUACAUAUUCCGGCAGAUUCGAUCUUGUUUACUAUCGACAUUGAUAGCCUCUACACUAAUAUAGACAUAAAGGAGGGAAUUCAAUCUGUGAAGAACAUUUUUUCCAAAAAUUAUGAUAAAAAAAGACCGGAUAAAGAACUAUUACAAUUAUUAGAGAUUAAUUUGACUAAAAAUGAUUUUGAAUUCAAUGAUGAAUAUUUUUUACAAAUUAAGGGCACAGCAAUGGGCAAGAAAUUUGCGCCCGCAUAUGCCAACAUUUUUAUGGCAGAUUGGGAGGCAGGAGCCCUCCGACAGUGUGACAAGAGACCCAUACAAUAUUAUCGCUAUUUAGACGAUAUUUGGGGCGUAUGGACACAUUCAGAAGAUGAUUUUAAGGUUUUCCUUAACACUCUUAAUAAUUACAAUCCGUCUAUUAAGGUUAAAUCCACCAUGGAUCGAAAUUCUGUAGAUUUUUUGGACACAACCACAUUCAAGGGGCCCACUUUUAAUCAAACUAAUCGAUUGGACAUUAAAGUUUUUUUUAAAGAGACGGAUACACAUGCAUUAUUGCACAAUACCAGCUUUCACCCGAGACAUACUUUUGCAGGUCUAAUUAAAUCGCAAUUGUUACGCUUCCACAGGAUCUGCACACAGAAGGAAGAUUUUCAGAAGGCGUCUAGAGUUCUCUUCACUGCCUUGGCCAGCAGGGGGUACUCUAGGACCUUCCUUAGAAAUUGUUACAAGAGGUUCCUUCAAAUUAAACCCCAAAUAGUGUCCUCUAUGGUGCCCUUUAUCACCACUUAUUCGGACUCCACGGUGAAGCUGGUCAGAGAAGUUAAGAAAAACUUUGAAGAUUCCUUUAAAGAAAGGGGAAUUUUAUAUAAUCAUAGGAUCAUUGCUGCAUUCAGAAAAAACAAAAAUCUGAAGGAUUACCUGGUAAAAGCAAAAAUUCCUAAAUUUACUGAUCCCAAACCAAGGCCACUGGAUAAAUUCUUUAAACAGCAAGUAUGGGUGUCUAAUAAUAGGACCAAAUUUACAUACCAAAUUGAUAAUAAGGGAAAUAUUAAUUCCAGAAACUGUGUUUAUAUAAUAAUUUGCAAACAAUGUGGACUUAAAUAUGUCGGUGAGACUGGAAACACGAUUCGCACCAGAUUCUCACGACAUAGGCAUAACAUUUUAAGAAAGAAAGACAUCCAUACUCACUUGGUUAAACACUUUCUUCAGCACGGCUGGGAUUCAGUUCAGGCCUCCGUUCUUGAAUCAAACCCGAAUUGGAACGUGGCCCAGAGACGGAGAGCCGAGAGGGCCUGGAUAAUGAAAUUAGGCACUUUAAUUCCACAUGGUCUUAAUGAGGUCUAGUUGUGGUGCUACAUAGGACUGGAUGGAGUGUGCACGAAUUUCAUCACUGCUUCGCAGUGAUGAAAUUCUCUUUUUUCCUUUCCUAACCCUAACC